UGCUUGUGUGUGUACUGUGUGUCCAUCAUGAGUCAGAAGCCACGGUCGCUUUGCGUUUCGUAAUUAAUUUCCCUCCCGAAGGAAAAAUGCGAGCUUGAUCUCGCAGUUUUGGCUGCUGUCUUUUUCCGGGGACGCUCAUCUAGUAAAGAUGGGCAUCGGGCCCCGAAUUCGAGACCCGAUCAUCCCUCGAUUCGCAUAUUUCUUAACCACCGUGUGUGCUUAAUGUUGUGUGUUUGUCGCUCGCUCUGUGUUGCCGUCAGGUUCCCUCUUCCUUAUCGUUCCUUCGGAAUUUACAGCUUAUGUAUGAUAUUGAACAAUUGGGAAGCUUAAGACAUGGAUCAAGCAAGAAACAGACCGAGCCGACCACGACUUCGUUCGCAUGGUAAUUCAGCCCGAGUCCUUGUAUUUGAUCAACCUGAAUCCGAAGAAACUCCAUGCAAUAUGGAUGGGGAAGUUAUAAGGCAUCCUUUGCCACCCAAAGUUGAAAGCAAGGAAGCUCCUGUUCGACCUGUUAGUGGUGAGCUCUCAAACUUGGUACGCAUGCGAAACUCUGCUAUAGGAAAAUCUGCACCAUCUCUUUCUGUUCAUAUGCGCGAUUUUAAUAUUCCACGACGCGCAGCCAAAGCAGCCCACCGUAAAUCUUUCAUAGCAACGACCUCACCUACAUUACCCCGGUGUCACUCACCUUUAUCUGCGUUCGUACCGAUCGUAGGCAGUCCCCUAGAGAGUCCUAGGAUGUCAUCCAGUCCGCAUUUCGCUUUUGCUCCAAUUAAAAGGAUCGGUGGAGGUGGUACUGCGACAGCUGACGGCAGACGUUGGUCCGUGGCUAGUUUACCGUCCAGUGGAUAUGGUACGACACCUGGAUCAAGUAACGUCUCAUCGCAAUGCUCGAGUCAAGAGCGAUUGCACCAACUGCCAAAUGUUCCAACCAAGGACGAGUUACGAAUGUUGUCUUGUCAUUUCUCAAAACCUGGUACACCCUGCACGUCGCAUCCAGGAUUUCCUGGAUCCAGUAUAUCCAGCAUACCAGGAUGCGUCUCUCUCAGUCUUGAGGAAGAAGGUCGCAGGUCGCCCCUUCAUCGUCCACGCUCCCGAAGUUUAAGUAGUCCCAGUCGAUCGCCUGUAUUGGACAGUGAAAUUGUUAUGAUGAACACCCUUUACAAGGAACGAUUUCCUAAGGCUACGCAACAGAUGGAAGAGCGUCUAACGAAUUUCAUUAAUGAAAACAAAGAAAUUGACGAAUACGAGGUGGUCACACAAAUGGCACAGGAUUCCUUACCAAUCCUACGAUUUGUACAUCAUCAAGUAAUUGAGAUGGCGCGAGAUUGCUUACAAAAAUCCCAGGAGAAGUUGAUAACCUCUAGAUACUUUUACGAAAUGAGCGAGAAUCUUGAGCAUCUUUUAAUUGAGACAAAAGACAAGUCGUUGGAAGCGGCGACUCGUCUAACUGGACUCAUUAAGAAACUAUUGUUAGUUAUAUCACGACCAGCGCGUCUUCUGGAAUGCUUGGAAUUCGAUCCGGAAGAAUUCUACCAUUUGCUGGAACAGGCCGAGGGUCAGGCCAAAUUUAAUGCCGGUAUUAAAGCCGAUAUUCCGCAGUAUAUUAUCAAUAAGUUAUCUCUAAACAGAGAUCCUAUUUCCGAAUUGCAAGAGGAUUUGAACAAGCUGGAGGAUUCGACCAGCUCGAGCGAUAGCAAUUUGCAGCUGGCUUCUUCGAGUCCCAAUAAGGAUGAUGAUAAUAAAUCACAACGAGUUCCUUGCGAGAAUGAUUAUGAAGUUCUGAAACUUAUCAGUAAUGGGGCUUAUGGUGCUGUUUAUUUGGUGAAGGAAAAAACUACUCGGCAACGUUUUGCUAUGAAAAAGAUUAACAAGAAUAAUCUUAUGCUACGCAAUCAAGUGGAGCAGGUCUUUGCAGAACGCGACAUAAUGAGCUUCACCGACAACCCUUUUGUAGUUUCCAUGUAUUGUAGCUUUGAGACUAAGAAACAUCUGUGUCUAGUGAUGGAAUAUGUUGAAGGUGGUGAUUGUGCCAUUCUCCUAAAGAAUAUCGGUCCACUUCCGCCGGAUAUGGCACGAUUUUACUUUGCAGAAACAGUUCUAGCUGUAGAAUAUCUCCACAGCUAUGGUAUCGUUCAUCGCGAUCUGAAACCUGAUAAUUUACUUAUAACUGCCUUGGGCCACAUAAAACUCACGGACUUUGGUCUCAGUAAAAUGGGACUCAUGUCUUUGGCGACAAACCUUUACGAGGGAUAUAUUGAUAGAGAUACUAGACAAUUUUCCGAUAAGCAAGUUUUUGGCACGCCUGAAUAUAUUGCUCCGGAAGUGAUAUUACGUCAAGGUUAUGGAAAACCUGUUGAUUGGUGGUCCAUGGGAAUAAUUCUUUACGAAUUCUUGAUAGGUUGCGUUCCAUUCUUCGGCGAUACCCCAGAAGAAUUGUUUGCCCAUACAGUUAACGAUGACAUUGAAUGGCCGGACGAAGAUGACUGGCCUGUACAACUCGAGGCUAAGGAUAUUAUAACAGCCUUAUUACAACAAAGUCCUAGAGAUCGCUUAGGAACUGGUGGUUCCCACGAGGUGAAGGAUCAUCCCUACUUCUACGGUGUCAAUUGGAAUAGUCUCCUCAGACAAAAGGCUGAGUUUGUUCCUCAGUUGACUAAUGAGGAAGACACUAGCUACUUUGACACACGAAUGGACCGAUACAAUCAUGACCUAGGUGAUGAUACUGAUGAUACCGACGAUUCUCCAUUGUUCGGAUCAUUUUCUUCAUAUUCACCACAAUCGCGUAAAAUAUCUCAAACGCGUCCACCGCAGCUCAAUCCAGAAUCCGAUUUGGAUUUCUCGAAGAAGCAAUUAUUCCGCAAUGAGCUUGAGCGCCACGUAGCUCAACUGUCUCCAAGCUCAAAUCAUUCGGCGUCGCCGCCGUUCAAGUCGUUUGAGAAAAAUCCACCGUCUGAGAAGAAUAGGUCGCUGCAUACUGCCAAAACCGUUAGUCCCUUCGUUGAGAAUUCGGAAAAAGCACAGAAAUCCGACCUAUCAUCUAGCAGUCCAGUAACAAUAACUAGCAACGAAUCACAAUCGACCGUCGUGAAAAAUACAAGAGGAGCUGACGGAACGGCAAUUAAUCUAAGCACGCCGGAUUCCUCGCAAACGGAAUCGGAUGACAUCAGUCCGCACAUUCAAAGGAAACGACACGUGCAUUCUCGCGACAAGCUGCCCAGGUUCAGUAUAUCCAUUGAUGGUGAACACAUGCUGGAUUUAGCAGCUGCUAAUAGGGAUAUUGCUGAAGAUAAACACAACUCCAGUACGGAUUCAUUUGACUCCUUUACUGCGAUGCCUGUAUUGCCUACAUCGAAACAGCGUUCACGUUCUGUUAUUAAAUCUGCAUCAACCAGUGGACUGUCACUGGUCAUUCCGACCAGUGAGUUUUCUUAUGAUUCUCCCUUGGCCGGACAACCCAUCGAGUCACCAGGUGGAUCAUCCACAGCAUCUUCAAGAGAUACCUCACCCUGUCGUGAACUAAGUCCUCUGGUAACCAGUCUUAAACCACCUAUUAUCAUCCGUAGAGGUCCAUGUGGUUUUGGAUUUACUGUGCACACAAUCAGAGUUUACUAUGGCGACAGUGAUUUUUAUACCAUGCAUCAUCUUGUCAUGGCUGUCGAUCAAUCCAGUCCGGCAUUCGAAGCUGGUUUGAGACCCGGGGAUUUGAUCACUCACAUAAAUGGCGAACCUGUUCAGGGUCUAUAUCAUACUCAAGUCCUGCAGUUGAUGCUGAGUGGUGGUGAUCAUGUAACUUUACGUAGUACACCCUUGGAAAAUACCAGUAUCAAGACUGGUGGGCGUAAACGAGAACUGGCUCAAAGUAAAAUGGCGCGUAGAACAUUGCACAGGCAACGGAAGCAGAAAAGGGAUCAUUCAGACAAGAAAAGAAAGACGUCCCUCUUCAGAAGGAUCAGUUCGAAGAGAGCGAGUGUCGAGAUGCAGCAGCCAUUAAGUAUCAAUUGUCCAUUGUCGGCACCCAUUCUACCCAGUGACAGCAAACCUCCACUUAUGAUGGCUGCAGGAAUUUGUUCUCCAUCGAUGGUCACUCCAAGUCGUUCCUUCCAAUCGUUUACGCGUUCUUUACCAGCGCAACAGGAAUCUUCGCCAUAUUUUGGAGCUUGUGCCAAAUCCGUAUGCAGUCCAUCUCCGCCGACGAAUCGUCCGACUUCCGAUACGUAUCAUUCAACCGGCAAUUCAAGUCCAUGUUCCAGUCCAAAUUCCUCAUCGCCAGGAUCCAGUACGUCCAUUGGAACCAUGUCCAGUAUCUCAAAUCAAUCUCAUUAUCAGCGACCUAGUACGCUCCAUGGCUUGAAGCAUAAGUUACACACAGCCGCGAAAAAUAUUCAUUCGCCUAAUAGAAGAAAGUCUGUGGGUCAUAUUCCACUGUCUCCUUUGGCGAGGACACCCAGUCCUUCUCCUAUACCAGCAUCCCCUACGAGGAGUCCAAGCCCUUUGGCGUUCCCAACUGGACAUCAACCUGGGAGUUCGAAUACUACACAAUCCUACAGUCCAGGCGUAUCCUUGUCAACUCCUAACACUCAGAAGAAAGGUUAUGGACGUCCAAAAUCAGCUGAACCAGGAUCACCCCUACUAAGACGAGCAUUAAGUCCUGACAGACUUCAUCCUCGUUCAGCCGAAAGUAAAACCUCUAUAUCACCACUAGCAAAUUCCGUGGUGAAAGUAACACCGCGUGUCACGAUUGCACAAACCUUUCAUACAGAGAGUACAGAUGAAAAUACUGAUUCCGUGAGUAAGGAGAGUAAUGAUUCAAAAUCUGAGAAGAAAUCCUCGAAUUCCGAGCAAAAAGUUGGUACGGCCGACUAUUCCAAGCUAGCUCAUGGUAUAUCAAUCAACAUAGCAAACGUGGGAAUGUCUAAUUCUUGUGGUAGCACGCAGUUGCCAAGGAUAGCCGAGGAGAAAGAUUCUCCAACAGGAAGUAAAAGUGAUGACUACUCGGCUAAGGAAGUUGUAGCUUCCCCGGAAAAGAGCAACGUGGAACUUUCGGCCUCAAAGUCAUCAGACGAAGCUGAAAAAUGUGUGAAGAAUAACGAGAAUACAACUUCCAAGGAUAUUCAUGUGGAACAUGCUGAAAGUAGAGAAAUUAAUCAUUCAUCAUCGUCUUCCGAUUUAUCUAAGAAGAACGAUGCGAAGUUAUCGGGUAGUGACGUGCAGGCCCAGCGCAGUGUCUUCAGCUGGACGCCUCUACCAGUACCACGUAAGAACGUUCAGCCUGAAUUCAAUGCUCCUAGCUUUCCAAGUAAAUCAAGUGCGUCCGACUUGAAGGGCAUCUUCGGGAAUGGUCCCUCGGACAGUGGCGUGGAAUGUAGGAAGAUUUUGAAGAGGUACAAAGCGGAUAGUUUGGACAGUCCAAAUGUCGGGCAUUCAACGCGCUCGGACGUGCCCGAGAAGAACUCAGGAAGCGACGACAAGAAGAACAACUGAAUUUUUCAAGCGUUGUUUCCAUUUGUGAUCUUUAUUCUCGUACGUCUUUUUACAAAUUUUAACUGUAAUUUUUAUUACGAAACAAUAUCAAAUGUGACACGACGCUCCAUAAGAUGCUUUGUAGCGCAAGGGCAGACGCGAAGGAAACGUUAAUUGACAGCACAAUCAUCUGGAUGUCAUAAGGAUGAGGCCCUUUUAGGCGUUACAGUGAUAUAUACAAGAAACGAAUCAAAAGUUCUUAACUUUCGGUUCGUCGAUGUUUUCAUUAACUUACACUAGGAAUCUCUGAACAUAAGCGCAGUUAGAAUUCCCCACGUUAUUCGGAAGGGACGCAUCGGAUGCGAUCCUGCUUGAACUCUUAUUCAUUAGUAUCUAUAAUAUCCACAAUUCGAGUAGCUAAUAACCCGAGAUAUAUUCUUUUUGCAUUGCUGUAUAUAUAUUAUCAAAGCAUGCACAUAGAAUCUAAAAUAAAUUUUCAACAUGCUACCGGCGCACUUACAAUAAUGAAUGGCCACGUUCAAGCUCAGCUCCCUCUUCAUAAAUUCAUUCGCAAUCUUUAAGCCGACAUAUUGCUUCUGCACGAUUUUUUUGCUUUCAAUGCGUCUCGAUAAAAUGGACCUGCCAAUUUGCUCUUGAAAGUUUCAAGUGUUUCGUCUCGAAUUCGCAUGUCAAUAAGAGGAUACGGAGAGGGCGAGAGAAUGAGCGCCAUAUUAUAUUUCUCUUGGGAAAGAACAGAAAAGCUACUCGAGUGUUCUAUCGCUUCGGGCUACAGUAUUCACGCGAUCUCAUGCAAUGACGAGGCAUCGAGUCUUUCUUUAAUUUUCUUUUUCUUCCUAGUAUCGACAAGUCAUUAAUUAAUUUAUUGCGUAUACGUUUGUUACGGGCCGUGCGACGAUAUAAUAAUAUUAAAAAUGACGAACGCGGUGUCGCCCGUGUUGCUCAUUUGAAUAUACAUAUGCCAGGCGUUUACGAUCAUUACGAUUAUAAGGAUUGAGGGUAGAAUUAGAGCGAGAUGAAAUUAGGCUGAGAGUAUAAAAAAAGGUUAUUUGGUCAAAAGAUUAUAAAAGACGGUAGAUUAUAACAAUUAGUAUAUUAAUUGAUUGAUAAUCGAGGCGUGCUCCUCCAGCGCAACUAUGACUCGUAUUUCCAAACCCUGUGCUAAAGGAAAUCUGGGCUCACGAAGAAGCCAUCCUUUUAGUGCGUUAACCCGAACAAAGUGAUGCUAUCGUUUAAGCAUAAAAAGAAUAAUCUUACUUAGGAAACUGUUAAACAUUAAGUUUAGUCGUUGCGUUCCUUGUCUCGUUUGUACAUUUCUCCGCUCUGUAUAUGUUGAAGACGAUUCGUUGAUAUUAAUGAUAAAGAAACGGCCCUUGGCUUCUCGACGUCAGAGAGACGUCUCUAUUAUAGCAGAAAGCUUUAAGGAAAUUUUUUACGUAACGCUAUGCCAGAACAUUAAGCUGCUCCUGGUUCCUUUCUCGAAUCGCGAACGAUAAUCGCCUCUGGAAUUACAAUUUUGAUGAAAAAAUAACAUAAGUUUCCGAAACGCUGGAUGUUUCUUUAUUAAUUUCAUUUCGUGAGUUACGUAAUUGUAUAAUUAAAAAAUUUAGUCGUUUCCGUCAUCACUGUUCGCAUAGCUGUACCGUAUUGUAGUCAAGUUGCUCGUUUGACUUUAUGGGAAAGCGAAUGAUUGUUGUUACUUCAUUUUCGAAUUACUUAAGGUUGUUUCUACGCGUUAUUACUACGUUAUAGCGGUAGAAUCUAAAUAUAUAUAUAUACACUGAUACAUAAAAGAAAAAUCGAAUACGCGGAGGAUCAUAAAAUCACUCUGGCGUUUCUCUCAUACGUAUAUAUAUAUAUAUUAUUGCGUGUAUAUGUAUGUAUACAUACACAGAGUAGGGUUUAUUCUGUGUAUAUAUAUAUUUAUAUAUCUCUGUCCGUGUGUGUGAGUGUGUGUGUGUGUGUGCGCGCGCGCGUUUAGUUUUCUCGUUUUUAAUGACUCUCGAUAAUCGUAUUAGAUACGACGAUACGCCACGAGCUCAUUAACGCCAUAUAAGAGUUCAUUCUAUUGAAGAUAAAGCGAAAGAUGAAUGGAGGAAAACAGAAGGAGAGAAAGAGAGAGAAAGACAAGAGGAAUUGUGAAGUUUAUGAAAAAAAGAAUCAGGGCUCAAAUAACCUUCUGGUGGGCGCUAUUAUAGCUAAGGAAAAGGAAGGGAAAAAGGCGAACUUUUAUAUAGCCUAGAAGAUGCUAUAAAAAUUUUCGAAAUCACGUUAUCGCAGAAAGAUGUUAUAACGAAUUGUUAUUGUAAUCCUAUUGUCAGCAUCGUGUCUUGCGCCAUAUUGUUAAUCGCCAAGCGCAAUACCAUCCCUUCAAUAUGAUCCUAGCGCCUAAACUAUUAUUAGAUGAAUAGAUGGAAAUUUUAUUGAUGAUUCCUUGUCAUUAGAUUUCUCAUUGCAUUCGUAAUCUUUCACGAUUCUCUAUAGCUUUCCCUCCCAUUCUCCAUAUAUACUUGAUCAGUACGAUCCGUUGUCUCGAGAUAACUACGGAAAUCAAAUUUUCGCACAAGAUUUCUCUCAAAAAUCUAUUUUCAUUGUUAAUUAAGCGUGUCUCGUUGUUUUUUUCGAAUUUAAUUUUGUAAAUUUGUACAAUUUUAAUUCUAGGUCAAUGACAUUCGUUUAUCGUAGCUAAGUUCUUGAGAUAAAAUUGAUUGUCAUUGCCGAAUCCAUGUACCUACUCAGUUUUAUCGUUUUUUUUUAUGCUUUGGAAUUUUUCUUUUGGUUUUCGAAGCUGCGAGGCGAGAUUCUUUUUCAUUUUCUCUUUUCACCAUACUCGAUUGUGUAUUCGAUCCUUUACGCAUCCGUAAUAAUUAUUAAGGAUCGAUACACUAACAGACAACGCGUAUAGCAUAGUAAUUGUAAGAUUAAUAAUUCCAAGACCGCGAGCGAAUGGAAUUAGCGACGAUCAAGCUGAAAUUUUUGUAUGUAGAUUAGAAUUUAACGAUACGAUCGUUGUCUGGAUGCUUAGAGGCAGAUGCCGGUUUACUUGAUCACGAGUGAACUGACAAUUGAUAUUUAUUGAUAGAAAACGACACGUAUUUACUGAUUACACGUCUUAAUGUUACUAUUAAGAAGAUAUUCAUUGAUGAAACGGAUAACAGAACUGAAAUAAAAAGAGAUCGACGGAGCCCGCCAUGUAUAUCGUUAA